UACAUAUACAUAAUACAUAAUAACAUACCAUUAUCCUUUUCCCGCGCUAUCUCAUUGAAGAUUCCAAAACAAGGCGUUCAUUGAAGAGAGAGAAAACUUCAUUGAAGUCUGAAGAGAGAUAAAAAAACACAUUAAAGAAGAAAUUUUUUCUUCUUGAAUUCCAUUUUUACUCAAGGGUUUUGGUUCAAAUUUUAUGAGUCCAUCUGUUGUAAAAAUGGAUGAAUCGAAGACAGCAUCAGUGAACUGUGUAAACAGUGGUGAAAUCGAAACUCAAUAUGCUGAACUCUGCAAGAACCAGUUUUGCAUUGAUGGCAAAACGUUUUCGGAAGCCAUGAAGCUUUUUACAGAUAGCAAAAGUAUUCUGCUGAAUAAUGUGUCAACUAUGGGAAGCACAUCGCCAGAAGAAUUAGAGAAAUAUUUGUUCGCUUUUGUUCUUUACACUAGUAGGAGACUGAGUGAAAGAACUACAACUGAUGCAAGUGAAGAUCAAAGUGGUGUUACAUUGUGCCAGAUUUUAAAAGCUUUGAAAUUGAACCUUAUAGAUUAUCUCAAAGAGCUUCCUCAGUUUAUCUUGAAGGUUGGUGCAAUUUUAAGUAAUAUGUAUGGUGCAGAUUGGGAGAAGAGGCUGGAGGCAAAGGAAUUGCAAGCCAAUUUCGUGCACUUGAGCUGUCUAAGCAAGUACUACAAGAGAACAUAUCACGAAUUUUUCAAAACCGAAGCUGAUAAAAUGUCUGGUGAUGCAAGAAGUUGUUCUUCUGGUUGUGUUUCAGAGUAUUAUAGGUUUGGUUGGCUGCUGUUUUUGUCCCUUCGUGUCCAUGCCUUCAGCAGGUUUAAGGACCUAGUAACCAGCACUACUGGAAUAGUCUCUGUGUUGGCCAUCUUGAUCAUUCACAUCCCUACUCAUAUGAGGAGCUUCAAUGUUCUUGAUUCGCCAUUGUUUGAGAAGAAAUCUGAUAAAGGUGUGCACCUGGUUGCGUCACUUUGUCAAAAAUACCACACCUCUGAAGAUGAGGUGAAGGAAAUGAUACAGAAAGCGAAUGAGCUAAUUUCAAAUAUCUUGAAGAAAAAGUCAUGCUCAGCUUCACAAUGCAAAGCUGAAAACCUAGACAAUAUUGACCCGGACGAUUUGACUUACUUUGAAGAUUUGUUGGAAGAUUCAUCACUUCCAACUUGUAUCAGUUUGUUAGAGAAGGAUUAUGAUGCUACAGUUGGGCACAAGGGUGAUAUAGAUGAAAAAGUCUUUGUUAAUGAGGAUGACAGCUUACUAGGAUCAGGGAGUCUUUCAGGUGGUGCAGUGAACAUAAGUGGUUCCAAGAGAAAAUUUGAUGACAUGUCCUCUCCAACAAAAACAAUUACAAGUCCACUCUCGCCUUCUCGAUCACCUUCACUACUGAUAAAUGGGGCUCGCAGUGGUAUGAACAUAAGAAUAACAUCUACUCCUGUAAGCACUGCAAUGACAACUGCUAAGUGGCUUCGUACUGUUGUAUCGCCGCUUCCAUCGAAGCCAUCUCCACAGCUGGAAAAGUAUUUCAUGUUAUGUGAUAGGAAUAUAAGUAAUGAGGUUGUCCGUAGGGCUCAUAUAAUUAUGGAGGCGAUCUUUCCAAAUAGUGCUCUUGGGGAGAGAUGUGUUGCUGGAAGUCUACCAAAUUCCAACUUAACGGACAACAUAUGGGCUCAGCAAAGACGAUUAGAAGCGCUGAAGCUGUACUACCGGGUAUUGGAGGCAAUGUGCACAGCUGAGUCUCAGUUGUUGCAUGCUAAUAAUUUGACUUCUUUGCUAACUAAUGAAAGGUUCCACAGAUGCAUGCUUGCAUGCUCUGCAGAACUGGUGUUAGCCACUCAUAAAACAGUCACAAUGUUGUUUCCAGCGGUAUUAGAGAAAACUGGGAUCACAGCUUUUGAUCUUAGCAAGGUGAUUGAAAGUUUUAUUAGACAUGAAGAUUCUCUUCCAAGAGAGCUUAGAAGGCAUUUAAAUUCCUUGGAAGAAAGGCUCUUGGAGAGCAUGGUUUGGGAAAAAGGCUCUUCAAUGUAUAAUUCUUUGAUUAUUGCAAGACCAGCUCUAUCUACCGAAAUAAAUCGUUUUGGGCUACUGGCAGAACCAAUGCCAUCCCUAGAUGCAAUUGCUGCGUACAUUAACAUUUCUUGUGGAGGCUUGCCGCCUCUUCCAUCAUCACAUAAACAUGAGGCUGCAGCAGGACAAAAUGGUGAUAUGAGAUCCCCGAAGAGAACUUUAUCAGAGUAUCGAAGUGUCCUAGUAGAUCGCAAUUCCUUUACAUCACCGGUAAAGGAGCGAUUGAUAAACAAUCUCAAGCAGAAGCUAACUCCUCCAGCUUUGCAGUCAGCUUUUGCAAGUCCAACAAGGCUGAGUCCUGGAGGUGGAGGAGAAACAUGUGCAGAGACUGGGGUAAAUAUAUUUUUCAGCAAGAUCAUGAAGCUAGCUGCUGUCAGAAUCAACGGUAUGAUUGAAAAGCUUGAGAAGAAAUCUGAGAGUCCUCCAUCACAAAAAUCAAAAGCCAAAAGACAAUCUCAGGAACAGCUGAGAGAGAGUGUAUAUUGCCUUUUUCAGAAAAUUCUCAAUCAAAGGACGUCCUUAUUUUUUAAUCGCCACAUUGACCAAAUAAUCCUUUGCUCUUUGUAUGGAGUUGCUAAGAUUCUUCAAUACCCCCUUCAGUUCAAGGAAAUUAUUUUGAACUACCGUAAGCAAACUCAUUGUAAACCACAAGUUUUUCGAAGUGUAUUUGUUGAUUGGUCAUCUCCACCUAGAAAUGGAAGACAAGGGCAGGAUCAUGUUGAUAUCAUAACAUUUUAUAACGAGGUAUUUAUUCCUUCUGUAAAGCCUCUUCUCGUUGAGCUUGGCCCUCAAGGAGCUGGUGUGAAAACUGACUUGGUUCCUGAUAGUAGUAAUAACAAAAAUGGUCAAUGCCCGGGGUCACCUAAAAUAUCUACAUUCCCAAAUCUUCCUGACAUGUCCCCGAAGAAGGUGGCAACAAAUGUCUACGUUUCUCCAUUGCGGUCGUCAAAGAUGGAUGUUCUAAUAACAAACAGCUCCAAGAGUUACUAUGCUUGUGUAGGAGAAAGCACACAUGCUUAUCAAAGCCCAUCAAAAGAUUUGACGGCCAUUAAUGACCGCUUGAAUAGGCAUAUGGUUGACACGAAUGCUUAUCAAAGCCCAACAAAAGAUUUGAUUGCCACUAAUGACCACUCAAAUAGUAGUCGCAGAGUUAGGGGAGCUCUAAACUUCGAAUCAGAUCCAGAUGUCGGCCUUGUAAGCGAUUCUCUUGUGGCUAACAGCCUCUAUCUUCAGAAUGGAAACUGUACGAGAAACUCAUCUCCAGUACCAAUGAAAACCGAACAGCCCGAUUCUUAGUUCGUUGACUCCUUGACUGUACAUGAGCGAUGUAAAUUCUACUCAUGUCUACGACCCUUUUCUUUCUCUGUAAUUUCGUCUAAAAUCUAGGCUUUAGACUACGAAAGUGAACGAGCAGUAUGUUUUUCAUAUAGUUGCCAUCACUUUCAGACAAUUUUAUAUAUCUAUAGUUUCUAAUAAUGCCUUCAUUUUUUUCAUGUGUAUUUCUGGGAAGGUGGUAUUGCUUGUCUUGCUUUUCCUUACCUUAAUGUACAUUAUCAUCUAAUUGUGCCACCCCUUUCUAUUCAUCAUUUAAACUUGUCAUAUGACUGAUUUUUUUCUGG